AUGCAGAACUCGAAUCCGACGCUGUUGAGCGCGGCCGACCUGCCCAGCAGACAGCCGGCGGCGGCGGGCAGCAAGACGGUCGACAGCAUCUUCCACCAGACGACGCAGACGAGCUCUGAUCCGUUCGCAGAGUCCGUCUCGUCCGGCAGCGAGGAUGGGGACGAGCUCAUGGAAGAGCCCAUCGACGAGCAGGAGAUCUUUGACUUGAUAGCGACGAUAUCUGACCCGGAACACCCCAUCCCGCUAGGCGAGCUGGCGGUGGUCUCGCUGCAGGACAUCUCGAUCAGCCCGGCGCUGCCUCACAGCCCGUCCUCCCCGCUGCGCAAGGUCACCGUCCUGCUCACGCCCACGAUCACGCACUGCAGCCUGGCCACCGUCAUCGGCCUGGGAGUGCGCGUGCGUCUGGAGCAGUCCCUCCCGCCGCGGUUCAGGGUCGACGUCCGGCUCAAGCAGGGCUCGCACAGCACGGCAGACGAGGUCAACAAGCAGCUGGCCGACAAGGAGAGGGUGGCUGCCGCCCUCGAGAACGGCACCCUCAUGGGCGUCAUCCAGAAGAUGCUCGAGACGUGUAGAUGA